AAACAAGUAAAUAUACAGUUCCUGGAUAUAAACAAUUUAAAAAAUCUAAGCAAAAUAGCAGCUUACUUGAAUUGAAAAGGAAUCAGCUCUUUGAUCGAUGUCACGCAACGCCAGUUCGGUGCAUAGUGUGACGCCGGUGUCUUCUCACGGAGAGUGAGAGCGUUGUAGUUGAACUCCUACGCCAUUUAUGGCAGCAACCAUGUCGAAGACAGUCGCUAUUAUUGGUGCUGGGGCGUCAGGUUUAGCUGCGAUCAAGAGUUGUUUAGAAGUUGGGCUCGAACCGACUGCGUUCGAAAGCGAUCCAUGGCUUGGUGGUCUCUGGAGGUACACUGAUUUAGAUGAAAAGAAAGGUCGACGAAGCUGCGUGUCUUACUCGACUGUCACCAACACUAGCAAGCAUUUGAGCUGUUAUAGCGACUUCCCCGUGCCUAAAGAAUGGCCUAACUACCUUCCACAGCAGCAGUAUCUCGAAUAUUUUCAAAUGUACGCCAAAGAGUUCGGCUUAGAGGAGAGAAUUCGUUUUGAGACAACAGUGUUUGAUGUGAAACCAGCUACAGACCUCAGCCAAAGAGCUCAAACUGAUCGAUGGCAAGUUCAUUAUCGUGAUCACAAAGACAACGAACAAGUGGAAGAGUUUGACUUUGUAAUGGUUUGUACUGGAGUGAACUGGGAUCCCCACGAAACCAAUAUUCCAGGUUUGGAUGGUUUUCCUGGUGACGUAAUCCACAGUAGGGAUUACAGAACAUGGAAGAACUUUGAAGGAAAGCGCGUACUAAUUGUUGGACUGGGAAACUCUGCAGGGGAUAUCGCCUGUGAUCUAAGUCACCACACACAGCAGGUGUACUUGAGUACUCGUAGUGGAUCAUGGGUGAUAUCUCGCUUGGUUGAUGGGGGAGCACCUCUGGAUGCCACGUUCCUAACAAGAUUUUUUGAUCUGAUUCCAAAAAAAUUCGCCAGUCAAGUGCUACGACAGAAGCUGGAAAACAAGUUUAACUCAGUCAACUUUGGCUUAGGAGUUGAUGACAAGCCAGACAAGAGAGCACCAAUCAUAAACGAUGAAUUACCACACCGCAUAUUCACUGGCUCAAUUCAAAUCAAAGCAGACAUUGCUGAGGUACAGGGCAAUGCUGUCCACUUUGCAGAUGGUUCUAAGGUCGAGGACAUUGACGCAAUCAUUCUUGCCAUUGGGUUUAAGUUCAGUUUUCCAUUUUUGUCGGACAGUCUCCUUUGCCCAAAGGACCGGUAUAUUCCUCUCUACAAGUAUGUCUUCCCGCCAAAGUUCAACCCAGGCACCCUUGCUGUUAUUGGGGCAAUACGUGUAAAUGGCCCUGUCCCCCCAAUUAGUGAAAUCCAAUCACGCUGGGCUGCGAGUGUGUUUGCUGGCAAAUCGAAACUUCCAAAUCAUCAAACAAUGGUGGAAGAAAUUGAAUGGAGACAGCAUAUGUUAGAAGCCAACACAAUUAAGUGUUGCAGAGCCUUUCAUUUGGUAAACUACAUUGCAUAUUCUGAUGAAAUUUCAUCUUUGAUUGGCGCAAGACCAAAUCUGUGGCACCUCCUAAUGACAGACCCAGAACUGGCCUUCAAGUGCUAUUUUGGUCCCUGUGUACCAGCUCAAUACCGAUUGGUAGGCCCAGGGUCCUGGCAAGGGGCCAGGGAUGUUAUAAUGGGGGUUGAAGAGAGCAAGGUGUGUCCACUGAGGACAAGGAAAACAGGCCUGGAGGAGACCCAAUUGGAAAGGAAGAAUUCCUACCUUCUGUGGGUGUUGGGUUUGGUUGUUUUUGUGAUUAUGUUUCUAUUAAUUUCGUAAAUGAAAAUUGAAAAGUAAAUGUAAGGCCUUCGCUGUACAAAACAUACUUAAACAUCUUUAAACCAAUGAAAAUAUCAAUGUAGCACAGCUUCAAAAGCCUCCCCAUUAAACUCAGUGUACUAAAGGGUCCAUCGCAAUCCAAUGAUGCAGUUCGCUUCGCCAGAAAAAAUGUUUUCUUGCACAAGUCACAAUUUAUUUCUAUUGGCAAUGUUACAAAACAGUUGCUUCAUGCUUUUAGCUGUACAUCAUUGAGUAUUUUAAUAACGACAUGUACUUGGGAAGUUUCAAGAGCUCUCAAGGAAAUGGAGUUGUUCUUGGCUGCACCUCUAGCAACUGUUAUGCCUCUUUUGAAAUCAUCAAACAUUUUGCAUCAUAUGCAAGCAAAGCCAAAGUCUGAAUCAAUUUGAGAUUUGACCAAUUGUUUUAGUUUAGUGCAUGUGAAGUACUUUGGUUUUAACUAGUGACAGAGUUGCAGUCAGAGUUGUAACAACACAUAUGACCUGGUAAAAAUCAAAAGUUGGCAUCCUAAGUGGAGUCAUAAACUCAACAGAAUCAGCAUCAGAAGAAUCAGAAUGUUUCCAUUUUGUUCCGAUUCUGCCAACAACUCCGUCACUUAUGACCCAGGGAAACUAGAUUGUUAGAGUCAAAAGCAAAAGCAGUAGAACCUACCAAUCACGAUUCCUGGAAUCCAGCAUUGUGAUUGGUUUAUUCUUUGGCCUCUGCUAGCGACCCCAACAAUCUAGUUUUCACUAGAUCAUAUGCGACAGUCAUAAGUAGAAUCAGUGUUCUUUGUGCUAUUUUCUAAAUGUAAUAUAAUUCUUUUUAUCCUUGAGUGUAAAUUGUGAGUAUUUCCAAAAUACAAAUUUUAGCCUGUAAUCCUCUGACAUCAAAUUCUGAGCAACAUUGAAAUUUGUCCCAUUUUCAAAAUGGUAUUUUAUUGUGAAAAUAUUUUAAUUAUUAUUUAACCUAACACAGCCACAAUUUUCUUUUAAAAGUGUUCUAUCCAAUGAUCAACAUAAUUUUGUUAAGCAUAAAUUUGAAGUUGGUAGAGCAUGAAGCUACAGCCAUUUUAAGCAUAAAAGAUAAUGGAUCAGACAUAUGCAAACAAGUUAAACACAAGAUACAAAAUGUUUGACUUCGUAUGUAAAUAUCAUUUUAUUUUCUAUGACUGGGUCUUACAAUAUAAUGUUUAAUGUAUUUAUUACAAUAAAAAUGUCUAUUAAAUGCUUAUGAAAUAGAGUCUGAAAAUAAAAAAUAUAGCGAAGUCUACCAAUCUACGAGAAAUUAUCAGAAAAUAUGAUUGCUAAGUCUGUCUAAUAAAUUAUGUACAUGGCCAGACAGACUUGUCUGUUGGUUUAUAAUUAUUAUGAGCAGACGAGAAGGGGGGAAAUAACAUUAGAGUUCUGGUCUGUUCACAAAUAGCAUCUUAAUGACAAUGAUAAUAAUAUUAUUAUCUACAUUCCCUAUCUACAAAAACCUGUCAUUUUUUUUUACUCUACAACUUAUCUGGUAUUCCUCCAUUUCAAUCCAAAUUGGUGAUUUGUUUUACAAAAACUAACCACUGCAGAAUAGCCUACCAUCCACGCUUCUGUUUUAAAUUAAUACACUUUAAAAUGUUAGACCAAGUGUGUGUUAAGAGAUUGAUAUUAAAGGACUAUAACACUCGAUUUUACAGUUCCUGGACUUCUUUUGGUGAAAUUUAUCUCAGUACAGUUUUGAAUUGAGCUGACCCAAAACUACAAUUUUGAGAUAAUUCAUUAGCAAAAUAGCCACAGAAACAUUCUUUGGCUCCAACUUGACACAUGUUGGCUUUAAAAAUUACAUUGGCAUACAUGAAGAUCUUACAAAAAAACUGGCCUAGUUUUACCAGAAUGUUACACUUGUAUACAAUAGUGUGCAAAGACAGUUAUCCCCACUUUAUCUAAAUUCUCCUUACUGGGCUUACAAUUUCCUUCUUGAGAGAAAUUAGUGUGCUUGUACAGUCU